UCCUCUGCGUCAAGGGAGGUGCGGCUCCCCCUGCUCAGCCCUGCCCGCCCUCCUUCCACCGCCCCCCCCCCCCCGGCCGCCGUGUGUUUUUCUUUUUUUUGGCUGUUGCUGUGUCCGCCUUUGAGCCGCCGCUGCAUAGAGGGCUGGGCACACGUGCGCCUGCCUCUCGCUCUCCAUCCCGCGCACAAGCCCUGCGACAAACGCGCUGCGUCCUUCGCUCCAAGCCGCCGCCGCCGCCGGGCCUCGCCCCGCGGGACGCCCCCAGACAAAGGCAGGGAAAAUUUAGCAACCUGCCAUAAUAAUAACUGAAUACCAACAUUCUAAAGACCUGGGCCAACAUCACCAAAUAGCAGCAGAACACACUGUACUUGGUAUGCCACAUCUCAGAUAUAUAUAGUUCAAACAUUUAGAACCAGAAAACUUCUUUCUCCUGAACACUCUGUAUGAAGGACUAAUCUGACAUCCUCUUCAGUCUAACUGUUCAGUAAAUUACCAACAUUUUUGGUUUAGCUGAAAGAAAGCUUUCUUUGAGGCUUGUCAGCUUGCCUGAACUGAAUCUGACCCACUUAUACCUUUUCCAUAUUGCAAAUGCCUAAGAACAGCAAGGUGGUAAAAAGAGAACUCGAUGAUGAAGUCAUUGAGUCAGUUAAGGAUCUUCUCUCUAAUGAAGACUCUGCAGAUGAUGCCUUUAAGAAGAGUGAACUGCUGGUUGAUGAUCAAGAAAAUAAAGAUGUAGAUGUUGAAGAGGGGUCAGAUGUAGAAGAUGAAAGACCAGCUUGGAACAGUAAACUUCAGUAUAUUCUGGCACAAGUUGGAUUUUCUGUAGGGUUGGGAAAUGUGUGGCGAUUCCCAUACCUGUGUCAGAAAAAUGGUGGAGGUGCAUAUCUUGUGCCAUACUUAAUUUUGCUGAUGAUAAUAGGGAUUCCACUUUUUUUCCUGGAGCUUUCUGUGGGCCAGAGAAUCCGACGAGGAAGCAUUGGCGUAUGGAAUUACAUCAGUCCCACGCUCGGUGGAAUUGGAUUUGCAAGCUGUGUGGUAUGUUUCUUUGUGGCCCUCUACUACAAUGUCAUCAUUGGAUGGAGUUUGUUUUACUUUUCUCAGUCGUUUCAGCACCCCUUGCCAUGGGAUCAGUGUCCUUUGGUGAAAAAUACUUCUCAUACCUUUGUGGAGCCUGAGUGUGAAAAAAGCUCUGCUACCACCUAUUACUGGUACAGAGAAGCACUGAACAUUUCCAACUCUCUCUCAGAGAGUGGGGGUCUGAACUGGAAAAUGACUCUGUGCUUGCUGGCUGCCUGGGUUCUGGUUUGCCUGGCAAUGAUCAAAGGCAUUCAGUCUUCAGGCAAAAUCAUGUAUUUUAGUUCCCUUUUCCCUUAUGUGGUACUUAUAUGCUUUCUAGUCAGAGGACUGCUCUUAAAUGGUUCCAUGGAUGGAAUUCGUCACAUGUUUACACCUAAGCUUGAAAUAAUGCUGGAGCCCAAGGUUUGGAGAGAAGCUGCUACUCAGGUGUUCUUUGCCUUAGGGCUUGGAUUUGGUGGAGUCAUUGCCUUUUCAAGCUACAACAAGAGAGACAACAACUGCCAUUUCGAUGCUGUUCUGGUGUCCUUCAUCAAUUUUUUCACUUCUGUGCUGGCAACUUUGGUGGUGUUUGCUGUUCUGGGCUUCAAAGCAAAUAUCAUAAAUGAGAAAUGCAUUACCCAAAAUUCAGAAAAGAUUUUAAAACUUUUGAAAAUAGGCAAUCUGAGCCAGGAUAUGAUCCCCCAUCAUAUCAAUUUCUCUAGCAUUACAGCAGAUGAUUACAAUUUAGUUUAUGACAUCAUUCAGAAAGUUAAAGAAGAAGAAUUUCCUGCUCUUGACCUGAAAUCUUGUCUGAUUGAAGAUGAACUUAAUAAGGCUGUUCAAGGCACCGGUUUAGCUUUUAUUGCCUUUACAGAAGCAAUGACCCACUUCCCUGCUUCUCCUUUCUGGUCAGUGAUGUUCUUCCUCAUGCUGGUAAAUUUGGGACUUGGCAGUAUGUUUGGAACCAUUGAAGGAAUCAUCACACCUAUUGUUGAUACUUUCAAAGUGAGGAAAGAAAUUCUUACUGUCAUCUGCUGUCUGGUAGCAUUUUUAAUUGGCCUGAUCUUUGUGCAGCGCUCUGGAAAUUAUUUUGUCACAAUGUUUGAUGAUUACUCUGCUACUCUGCCUCUUCUUAUCGUGGUCAUUUUGGAGAAUAUUGCCAUUUCUCAAGUUUAUGGGAUAGACAAAUUUAUGGAGGACCUAAAGGAUAUGCUUGGUUUUUCUCCAAACCAAUAUUAUUACUACAUGUGGAAGUACAUUUCUCCUGUAGUAUUGUUAUUUUUGCUGGUAGGUAGUAUUGUCCAAAUGGGAUUAAGUCCUCCUGGUUACAAUGCAUGGAUUGAAGAAAAGGCUACUGAGGAGUUCCUGAGCUAUCCACUAUGGGGAAUGAUUGUCUGUAUAUCUCUGAUGAUACUGGCCAUACUUCCUGUCCCUAUAGUCUUCAUAGUCCGCCGCUGCAACCUUAUUGAUGAUAGCUCUGGUAGUUUGGCCGCUGUAUCCUAUAAAAGAGGACGGAUAAUAAAGGAGCCUGUUAAUCUAGAAGGAGAUGAUGCAAGUCUGAUUCAUGGGAAGAUUCCAAGUGAGCUGCCAUCUCCAAAUUUUGGUAAAAACAUAUACCGGAAACAGACUGGAUCUCCAACUCUGGAUACUGCUCCCAAUGGACGCUAUGGUAUUGGCUAUCUAAUGGCAGAUAUGCCAGAUAUGCCAGAGUCUGACUUGUAGCUAGAGAACAAAAUUACUUUUUUUGUUGUUUAUACUGUAUCACUGAACAUUGGCUCUCUAAGAGAAGUUGUCCGCUUCACUUACUAGAAUGUGAUCUCAGGUGCCCCCUAGCUACAGUCUUUAAAAUAUCAUGACGGUACAUAGUGUAAAAAUUCCCUUUGGAUUGAUCUUCUGGUUUUAUAUUGCAUUAGGACAUAAGAACUGUCAUACUGGGUCAAACUAAAAGCCCAUCCAGCCCACUAUCAUGUCCUCUGACAGUGACCAUUUCCAGGUGCUUCAGAGGGAAUGAACAGAACAGGCAAUCAUCAAGCGAUCCAUCUCCAGUUACCCAACCCCAGCCUCCAGCAGAUGCCAGGGACACCAUCUCUGCCUAUCCUGGCUAAUAGCCAUUGAUGGACCUAUCCUCCAUGAAUUUAUCUAGUUCUUUUUUGAACCCUCUUAUAGUCUUGGCCUUCACAAGAUUAUGUUAUGUUUAGACUUGGAAGGAUUUGAUUUUUAUCAGUAAAUGUUGGUAAAUGUCAAUUUCAUCAUACACACAAAAACCAAUGAAAACAUAUUUUCAUUGAUGAUCAUUGAAAUUUACAAAGGCAAAGUAAGAAAAAUGCUGCAUGAGAAUUCAUUAGAGUUUGAUUUAAGGAUAUUUACUUUGUAUAUUUUGUGUGAUGUUGACAAUCUGUAUUUUCCUAAAGCUUCAGUUUUUUGACUAUGUGUCUACUGUCAUUAAAUAAUUGUCUGACACCCUCAAUGCCUGAUCCAUCCAUAAUUUCCUGCAACUGUUGAAAACUGUUAUAGUCUGGCAAAGAGUUCCUCAGAUUGACUGUGUAUUGUGUGAAGAAAUACUUCCUUUAAUUUCUUUUAAACAUGCUGCCUAUUAAUUUCAUUUGGUGACCCCUAGUUCUUGUGUUAUGAGAAGGAGUAAAUAACACCUCCAUAUUUACUUUCUCCACAUCAGUCAUGACUUUAUAGACAUCUAUCAUAUCCCCCCUUAGUCGUCUCUUUUCCAAGAUGAAAAGUCCCAGUUUUAUUAAUCUCGCCUCAUAUGGAAGCUGUUCCAUACCCGUAAUCAUUUUUGUUGCCCUUCUGUGAACCUUUUCCAAAUCCAAUAUAUUGUGUUUUUAGAUGGGGCGUCCACAUCUGCAUGCUGUAUUCAAGAUGUGGGUAUACCAUGGAUUUAUAUAGAGUCAAUAUGAUAUUUUCUGUCUUGUUAUCUAUCCCUUUCUUAAUGAUUCCCAGUAUUCUGUUCACUUUUUUGACUGCUGCUGCACAUUGAGUGAAUGUUUUCAGAGAACUAUCCAUAGUGACUCCAAGAUCUCUCUCUUGAGUGAUAACAGCUAAUUUAGACCCUCUCAUGUUGUGUGUAUAGCUGGGAUUAUGUUUUCCAAUGUGCAUUACUUUGCAUUUAUCCUCAUAGAAUUUCAUCUGCCAUUUUGUUGCCCCGUCACCCAGUUUUGUGAGAUCCCUUUUGUAACUCUUUGCAGUCUGCUUUGGACUUGACUAUCUUGAGUGUUGAAGGGAAUGAACACCACACAAAAAAAUUAGUGAUGGCUUAGGUCUGUCAAGAUAGCCAAGAUUUUUUUUUUUAAUUUAAUUUGAAAGCUUUCUGUCUAUAAAGUACAGGUGUUACCUCAGUUUGCAGCAAUUUCUCAAAUGAUGUAAUAUUUCUGACUUGAUUUAACUGAAAAUCCUUUUUUUGAUGUCAGGGUAACUCCCCAGUAUUAGAAGUGAGCUCCAAAGUAGUUCACCAAACCCAUAUUUCUGCACACAUUUGUAUAUACAUUAUGUAGAUACGCUGUACUUAUUUUGUUAGCACUGAUAAUUACUUAGGCUACUAGCUGAGUACAAAAUCUUGCAAACUAUUUUCUUAUGUAACAGCUGUAUAGAAAAAAUAGUAUUAGUAAACCAAGGAGGAGGCUUCUAAUGGGAAUAUGAGUCCCCAGUUCACUGAGGACUGCUUAAGCUGUGGCUGUAUAUUUUAUGUAAAAUAUUUUCUUUUUCAGUGUGAAAAUGAUGUAAGAGUGAGUCACUCCAAGACUCUUAAUGAUUGUGCAGAUUCUGCAUUUUUUCUAUGCUGUGUGCCUAAAAAACCUUCUUGAUAUUUAUUGUGGUUACAAGAUUACAUAUAUAUUAUAUUUAUAUAAUAUACUUGUAAUGUAAAUAUGUAUAUUAAUACUGUAUGUAAUGGUUUCAAAACUUGAAGCAAGAUGGCUUUUUUAAUUAGUCUAUUUCUGUUUUGCUUCUGGUUUAUGCAAAAAUAAAUCCUUAGUUUUUUUAGUGAAUAAUUGUUAAGAACUGUAUUGCAUUACAUUUUAACCUAUGAAUAAAGAGAGUG